AUGGACGGCCCACCUGCGUCCAGCGCCUCGACCUCGUUCGCCAGGGCAACUGGGCCGACCCUCGAGCAGCGCACCGGGUCCGCACCGCCCUCGCCCGUUCCCCUCGUCGAUCACGAGCAGGGCCAGCAUCGGCACCUGUACACCCAGCCCGACUACGCCGUCAAGACCAAGGACGAGCGCCUCCCCGAGCUCGAGACCAAGCACGCCGGCUUGACGGCCCUGCGCCGCGUCUUCAUCGGGCCCAGCUUCCACCGGGCUCAGGGCGGCGGCGGCGGGCCCUUUGCGUCGGCGCACGGCGGCGGCGGCAGCGGUGGAGGCAAGGGCAAGGCGAGGGCGGCCGAGGGCAGCGACGGCGAGCAGGCGCACGCGGGCAUGUCGUUCCCGCUGCGGCGCCGUCGGCGGGCGAGCACGAGCGCGACCAACCGCACGGGCAUCUCGGUCGGCUCGUCGACGCACGGCGACAGCUCUCGCGGCGGCUGGCACGGCGCGAGCUUUGAGAUCGGCGGCGACGUGCGCGACGCCGCACGCAGGCGGGACGCGCGCCUUGCUCGGCAGCGCGACGAGGACGAGGGUCGGCCGGCGGCCGACCGCGAGCGGGACGAGGCCGGCCACGCGCACGAGCACGAGGGAGCGCCCGACGUCGCGCGCUCGCUCCCGCGCAGCCCGGCACUCACGACGCGAGCGUCGUUCGUGACGGCCCGCACGCACCUGCCGCCGUCCACGGCGCCCGACCGCGCCUCGACCGCCGCACCGACGCCCCAGCGCACCUCGAGCCUCGCCCACGCCUUCCACCACCGCCCCGUCGACCUGCCCGACAUCCUCGUCACGGGUGACGCAGCCUCUGACGGCGCCCUCGAGGCGCCAAAGCGCCGCCCCGACCUCCCGCACCUCCAGUCGAUCCUCCGCACCCGCGAUGCUCUUCCUUCCCCGAGCUCGCGCCUCGCCACCAGCGCACCCGUCACGGUCUACGGCGACGCCGUCUCGCACCAGGAGGCGGCGCUCGGCGUCCGCUUCCCGGACGAGCCGGCCACGGUCCAACCGCUCGGCGCCGGCUCGGGCGCCGCACCGCCUGCGCCGCCGCUCGAGGUCCUCGCCCGUCCCGAACCAGACGCCGAGCCCGACGCUCCACCAUCGUCGACGGCGCGGCUCGUCGACGGGCUGCGACACCCGCUGCGUCACGAGGCCGCGCCCGCUCGGCGCAAGACCCGGCCGGGCGACGCCGUCCUGCGCCAGGAGCGCAUGCUCGUCCGCGUCGACUGGACGCAGCGCGAGGACCUGCCCGACGACUUCGACGAGCACGUCGCGCGCAAGUACCCGACGUCCAAGGAGGCGUGGGAGGAGGUCGCCGUCGUGUGGAGGGCGAGCGGGCAGAUCGAGCUGUGGGGCGAGUACUCCCUCAACAUCCCGGCGACCGUCCUGCACCGCAAGAAGCUCAAGACGGUCAUCCCGCUCACGGCGAGAAAGACGCACCUCUCGGUCUACUCGUCGACCGACCUCAUCUUCUGCCUCACGCACCGCCCUCACUCGCACUCGCGCUCGUCGGCCAAGACGGCGGUACGCGCCGGCAAGCCCGACGAGCGCACGGUCGACAAGGGCGACGACGGCAAGGACGAGCCGCGCUCGCGCAAGGCGUCCAAGCGCGGUCGGCUGCACUUCCGCACCGAGGGCACCAACAUCUUCCUGUUCCGCACCCGGACCCACGCCAUCGCCAAGGAGUGGGUCUGGCGCCUGUACCGCGCGCUCGGCGGGCAGCUCCCGCGCACGCUCGACGUGAGCGUUCCCGGGCUCGGCGCCGUCGUCCGCCUCCCUGUACCGACGGGCCCCGGCGACGACGGCGAUGACGAGGACGAGGUCAUGACGGGCGACGAGGACGAGCGCGCGUACCGGCACCUCCAGCCGCAGGUCGUCGUCGACGCGUGCGUCGCCCAGCUCGCGAGCGUCCCCGAGUGGCGCGAGGUCGUCGAGACGGCCAAGCGCGACGGUGCGCAGCUGCGGCUCGCGUGGCGGCGCGAGAGCACGCUCGACUGGGUCGGCAAGGGCCACCGCGGCGAGAAGAAGCGCGACUGGGCCGUCAUCGGCGGCUUUGCCUUUCGUCAGGCCCACCUUGCCCCUGUUCUCGAGCUUCGACCCGCCAUGCACUACCCGACGACCUGCCGCAUCCCGGCCGAGCCGGGUGCGCCCAACGCGCUCCACUCGACGACGACCCGCAUCUCGGAACCGCCCGGCAUCGAGGGCUUCCUCAUCCGCCACCGCCCGAACGGCACGGCCGAGCGCAUCUACCUCUCGAGCCGCAUGGGCAUGCUCUUCCUGUGCCGCUCGUCGACCGCACACCCGCCCGACCCGCCGAUGAACGUGUACGACGCGCUCAACAACCCGGCCGCCGUCGUCCUCGCGCCGUUCGUGUUCGCCAUGGCGACGCUCGCCGCGCCCAGCAAGAAGAAGCGCGACCGCCUUUGGGGCCGCAUCUCUCGCGGCGCCGUCGUCCAGGGCAAGGCGCACAAGCACGCACGUCGCCGAGACUGGACGCUCAAGAGCAUGACGGCCGCCGACGCCGCCGACGAGGUGUUCCACAACGGCGGCGACCUCGACAUCGACGGCGGCACGACCGACGCCGGCCAGUGCGACGGCAACGACAUGCUCGAGUGGCUCGACCGGCACGAGCGCGAGCGAGGGUUCCUCCAGGUCACCGACGCGCACGGUUUCGUCGACUUGAGCGAGCUCGAGACGAUCGACCCGGAGCUCGAGGACCAGCCGCGCGACCAGUUCGUCCAGGUGCACGACGUCGGCGGGCAGGGGGGCCUCAACGUUGCCGACGACAAGGCCAAGCUGCGACGGUUGCGCUCGUUCGUCGUCAAGACUCGGUCGGGCAUGGCGAUGCGGUUUGAGUGUCACUCGAUCGACGUCCGCGACGAGUGGGUCGGCCGCCUGCGCGCUCUCGUCACGUACUGGCGCCGCCGCGAGCGAGUCGACGCCAUCCAGCUCAUGAGCCUCUCGCCUGGCGACGGCCUCGUCAACAAGCUCCCGCCUCGCUCGGCGACGCAGAAGUUUGCCUGGAACGACGACUUUGACGACGGCGGCGCGCCGCCACCGACCCGCAACGAGAUCCUCGCGAGCCCUCAGCUCGGGCACGUCUACAACUGGUGCCUGCUCGACGGCUGCCGCGCCGUCAUGCACAAGGGCGCCAUGCACGUCAAGAAGGGUCUGCGCGGCACGUUCCACCCUCGUCACGUCGUGCUCCUGCCCGGCGUGCUCGUCGAGUUCCAGUCCGUCACACGCGACCUGCAAGGGAGGCCAAAGGCGACGCCGUACCACCGCCGCCGCCACGUCCUCACCCUGCGCGACUGCUACAUCUACAGUGGCUCGCUCGCGUCGCACCUCCUCGCGCCGAGCAAAGGCGCCUCGACCUGGGACCCGGCCGACGAGUCGGCUCAUCAGCUGCCGCGCUACUACUCGUCGAGCGACGGCCUGCGCACAGCCGACGACGUCGAGGACUGCACGUUUGCCAUCGUCCGCGUCAAGCACUCGCGCUCCGGCAAGCUCGACAAGCUCGACAAGAAGGUCGACGAGGCUCGAGUCUAUCGUGCUCGGUCAAAGCUCGAGCGCGACCAGUUCGUCUAUGCCCUCAACGCGUCGAUUGAGCGCAUCAUGCGCGGCGAGCGAGAGCGCGAGGACCGCCUGCGCGACUUUCCAUGGGCCGAGCGCACCUGA